CCGUAAUGCAGUGCAGCAUUGAAACUGUUAUGGCUGGUAUAUGUGGCAACGUGGAGGGCAUCCGGAGUGCCUUAUAUGAUACUCUAACCCCGUUGGGUUUUGAAGUUUACCCUUUCAAGAUUGGUUGGUACAAUGCAGUGCUCUCCUCCUCCCUCCACCUUCCAUACGCUGAUGAUACGCUGGCAGUGGUUGUGUUGAGCACUCCAUCCAUGUUUGAGCGAACCUUCCGGCCAUUCCUAGAAAGUGGCGGCUGCGUGGGUGUCAAUGAUCCCAUUGACCAGUCUAUCAGACACUAUAUAAAUAACUGUGUCUCUCAGUGUUUCCCAGGCCAAGAAGUGAAUAUCAGCUAUGACUACGAGAUGCUGCCAAGCCGCAAGCCAAAGUUCCUGGCACAGACCGCUGCACAUGUGGCUGGUGCAGCGUACUAUUACCAACGUGCAGAUAUUGCUGUUAAUCCUUGGGGAGAGAAGAAGAUGUUUGGGGUAUGCAUCCAUCCAAAGCUAGGCGGAUGGUUUGCCAUCAGAGCUCUGCUGGUGUUCCCGGGCGUGGUGGUGGGAGAGGAGCUGCAGCAGAGGCCCCCUCCAGACUGCGUUCCUUCCCAGGAGUCUAGAGUGGAGCUGCUGGAGAGGUUCAACCUCCGCUGGAAGGACGGGAGCUACAGAGAUAUUGUCCCUGCAGCUGAACGCUACUCUCAGGAGCAGCAGACGUACUUCUCCACACCCCCAGGCCAGAGGAUGGCUCUCCUCAGACAGUGGGGCCUUUUCUCUGGGGCGGGCAGUGGCACACAAGCCGGGGAGCCAGGGAGUGAAAGAGGGAACUUUGAGAGCUGAUACCUUAGGGAGGUCAGUUACACAUACAGUGCCGUAUUUACCCACUUCCUCAUUUCCUCUGUUAUUGCAUUUUUUUUCACAACAAAUGGUUUCAGAUCUUUAGGAAAAAUGUAGUAUCAGGCAAUGGGAACCUGAGUAAACACAAAGCCCAAAACAAAUUUUUAUUUAAUUUAUUUAAUAAUGUAUUUGCUUUACGCCAGACACAAAGGUACCUGUGCCGAAGUGGUUUCUGCCUUGCUACUCUCAGAUGAAUUCCAUUUUUGCCCAGUCUCUUACUCUUUCUUAUUGUGGAGUCAUGAACACUGACCAUAACUGAGGCUAGAGAGGCCUGCCGUUCUUUAGAUGUUCUUCUGGGAUCUUUUGUCACUUCCUGGAUGAGAUGUCACUGCGCUGCACUGCGAUUCACCACUCCUUGGAAGAUUUGAAAUGUUCUCCAUUUGGAGAUAAUGGCUCGCACUGUGGUUCAGUGGAGUGCCAGAGCCUUAGAAAUGGCCUUGUAACCCUUUUCAGGCACAUACAUUUUAAACUUUCUUUUCCAUCUCUAUUGGAAUGUCCUUUGAUCCUGGCAUGGUGUGCUUAUAGGACCUUUGUGGCAACUGCUUGAUGGUAAGGUUCAUUAUGAGUGAGAUUUAGAUUCAACUGGGCUAGCUGCAGUCAAGCCUGUGUUCAAUCUGCUAAGUGUAAUUAUCAAUUCAUUUUGGUGAAUUGGUUGAUUAAGUGACUACGGGUAAUUACUUUUCCACAUAGGUGAUAUGGGUGUUUGAUUUGACUUAUUUAAUGAAGUUAUUUAAUAUAUUAUAUAUUUUGUGUUUACUCAGUUUCCCAAUAUUUCCCAAUAUAUAUACAAUAUUUCAUUUGAUUGGAAACAUUCAGUGUGACAAACAUGCAAUAAUAGUGGAAGUCAGGAAGGGGCAAAUACCAUAGCACUGUAGAACCUGCUGGGAACACUAAUUUCAAAGACAAAUUCUACAAUGGAGAUUAUAACAUUGAAUGUAUGUACAUAGUGUGUGGUUGUGAACUAUUGAAGAGCAAUUGACCCAUGAGUUUAUUUGAUUUACACUAUUAGAUUAAAAAGUGUACAGAGCCACAAACAUUCUGAAGGGUCAUCUGGGGAUACCCAGGGGUAUGGCUUAGCUGUUUUGCUACUGAAUACAAUAUGGGAAAGUGAGCAGUGUUUGAUUAAAAAGGGGGAUAACCAAAUAUAACAGCUUGCUUAAGUGUCUAAGGGUGGUGGGCCACUGAAAAGGAGAUAUGUCUUUCAGAAAUCUGGUAUAGAACACAAUAAUGCAUGGAGAUUACUGCUGAGGUUAUUCUUUGUUAUAAGGGUAAAUUAUUAUAACCACAAAAUGAGUGGUGUGUUUUUUUAACAAGGUGACUGUUAUUGUAUAAGUGAUAUUGAGUCCAAUCAAUAAAGGGUGGAAAUCGUGUAUUUUCA